AUGAUAUAAUAGAUUAAAGAAUAUUAUAAUUUGGAAGAAUUUUAAAGCUCUUCACUUUUAUCUCAUUAGGUUCUCCAUAUUAAUUUGAGUAAUUAUUAAAUUGGUGAUGAAGGUGCAUCAAGCUUAGGUUCUGCUUUAGCAAAUUGCAUUAAUCUCUCAAAUUUGGCACUUGUCCUUAGGUAUAAUUCAAUUGGUGCAAUUGGUGCAUCAGGCUUAGGUUCUGCUUUAGCAAAUUGCAUUAAUCUCUCAAAUUUGACACUUGACCUUUAGCGUAAUAGAAUUGGUGCAAUUGGUGCAUCAGGCUUAGGUUCUGCUUUAGCAAAUUGCAUUAAUCUCUCAAAUUUGACACUUGACCUUAAGUAUAAUUCAAUUGGUGCAAUUGGUGCAUCAGGCUUAGGUUCUGCUUUAGCAAAUUGCAUUAAUCUCUCAAAUUUGACACUUGACCUUUAAAUUUUAAAAAUAGUUUUAUUUAUUUUAUUAAUUUUUCUUUUAACCUCUCAUACUUAGAAGUGCACUUUUAAUUUCUUUUAUAAACCCUGUUUUAGCUUUCGACUCAGAAUUAGAUUUCUUGGGUUUAGCUGGUCUCGAACAUUGAGAAAGUUUUUUUAAAUUGGUGAUGAAGGUGCAUCAGGCUUAGGUUCUGCUUUAGCAAAUUGCAUUAAUCUCUCAAAUUUGACACUUGACCUUAAGUAUAAUUCAAUUGGUGCAAUUGGUGCAUCAGGCUUAGGUUCUGCUUUAGCAAAUUGUAUUAAUCUCUCAAAUUUGACACUUUACCUUUAUGAAAAUUAAGUUGGUGAUGAAGGUGCAUCAGGCUUAGGUUCUGCUUUAGCAAAUUGUAUUAAUCUCUCAAAUUUGACACUUUACCUUAAGCGUAAUAGAAUUGGUGAUAAAGGUGCAUCAGGCUUAGGUUCUGCUUUAGCAAAUUGCAUUAAUCUCUCAAAUUUAACACUUAAAUUUUUUGGAAAUUAAAUUUGUGCAAUUGGUGCAUCAGGCUUAGGUUCUGCUUUAGCAAAUUGUAUUAAUCUCUCAAAUUUGACACUUGACCUUAAUUACAAUAGAAUUGGUGAUAAAGGUGCAUCAGGCUUAGGUUCUGCUUUAGCAAAUUGCAUUAAUCUCUCAAAUUUGACACUUGACCUUAAGUAAAAACAGUUUAUUUGUUUUGGAUUGUGA